CUCUCAGACUCGACAGGGCUUUGUUUGACAGCCUCAUGUUAUUCAUUUAUUCAAUGCUUAUCGCGGAAGUCAAUGCCGUUCCUACCUACUCUCCAAAUUGCCGCCUAGCGGUUUGCGUGAACUGCCUUCCUUAUCACGACGUUGUACAGCGUCUGUCGGUAACCAGUAGAAAGACACCUCACCCAUGCGCAAUGCCACUUUCCGACGAAACCUGAGGAAAUCCUCUCGGAGCCCUUGCACCGGGCUCCCGUCACUGGAGGUGCCGCGUGCCCGUCUUUAUCCACGAUAUUUGUAGCGAUACUCCACAACCGCAGUUUCCAGCAUCAGCAGCCUCACUCCUUCUUUCGCCUUUUGGAACCGCUUUGCACAGUAUGGCAUACGACAAUCGAGACGGGCUCAUAGCGGCCGCCGUAAUCGUGCAGAUUCUGGUUCUAGGCAUGGUCGCCUCACGAUUCGUGUCGCAUCGCAUGAAGGGUCUGAAGUCCCACACUUCAGACUACCUGAUCAUAGUCGCAGCCAUCUUAUCGACCGCCCUUGCGAUCGAACAGAUCUAUUGCGCCGCCAACGGCAUAUUUGCGGUUCGAGUCAAGCCAUUGGCGAAAACCAACCCCGCCGCUGCAACCGACUUUCUCUAUCGGCUACGAAUGCACAACUAUUCUUUCGUCGUAACCGGAAUUCUCGCCAUCGGUUUCGUCAAGACAUCCGUAUCUUUCUUCUAUCUCCAAAUUUUCAGCACCCCCAACUUUCGCCCCUUCGUCAUCACCUGGAUAGUAUUUAUGACUCUUUGGACCAUCUCCUUCUUCACCGCCUUCAUGGCCAUCUGUGGCGACCAUGGCAUCUUCUCCGCACGAUCGCAUAUGAAUCCGGCAGUGCAGAACAGGGAGUGUGGAAGUACACGGAAAUUAGACUUCGGAGUGUUGAUCUCGGGCACGGUUUCGGACUUGAUCACGGUGCUGCUGCCUAUCCCAAUGGUCAUGACUUUACAUCUUCGUCUGGCGGACAAACUGUCCAUUAUUGCCAUAUUUCUCGUGGGGCUGCUCUCUGUAGGAGCCAGCACUGCCAGGUCGUACAUCGGCAUUUACACCAAGUUCGCACCGAAAGACAAGAUCAUGGACUCGGGAUUGGGCGUUACCGCAACCUGCGUCUGGACUCUCAUCGAGAUCCAAGUCGGCAUCCUCGCUGCGUGCGCACCGACCAUUCGCCCCGUAAUGCGUGACCUCGUUCAGAACGGAAUCUUUGGUAGUCUGGUCAGCUCCGUGAGCAGUAUUGUCAGCAGGAAGAGCUCUAGAACGAACAUCCACGGUUCAGAUGACCAUGUUGUGCGUCAUUACACCAAGGGCGACGUGGACACAGAGGAAAGCAUUCAAUUGCACGACAUGUCCGGGGCGAACUCUGCGAGUGCGGAGCGUGUGGAUGGGGCCGAUGUUCCCAAACAUGGUGCAAUUCAUGUCUCGAAAGGCUACGCAGUGGGUGGAAGGCAUGACUGAGUGGGGUGCUGGAAUUGAGCGCGAAGAUUCAUAGGUUGGUGGAGGGCAAUGGUGGAUAGAGGGUGGAAAGUGACCUGAACGAAUUACGAAAAGUUCCC